CACAUCUCGACUCAUCACAGCGGCUGGACGCAUGUAACAAACAAUUUAACGCGGUGGCGCACAUUAUCUCCGCCAUCGCGGAGAGACAACAGCACAUAAUGGAGAACGGGACAGCGCCAUCCGCCGCGACUGGUGCAGGGCCGAGCAACGGCGGAAAUCAAUCAACCUCCGCCAACCCACCCAUCUCCGCCUCAUGGCCUCGCCCAAACGCAAAUCCAGACCGACAGUCUGCCCCCACUACCACAGCGCCCAAACCAGGCGUAGUCCAGCCAAAACCCCAAGCCCUACCCAAACGCACCGGACCCAGCACCAUCAUCGUCUCCCCCCGGCAAAAAGGCAACCCCGUCCUGGCCAACAUCAAAUCCGUACCGUGGGAAUACGGCGACAUCCCCGCCGACUACGUGCUAGGCCUGACGACGUGCGCCCUCUUCCUCUCUCUCAAAUACCACCGCCUGCACCCCGAGUACAUCUACACGCGCAUCAAGGGCUUGCAGGGCAAGUACGCGCUGCGCAUCGUGCUGGUCAUGGUCGACAUCCAGAACCACGAGGAGGCGCUGCGCGAGCUGAGCAAGACGUCGCUCAUCAACAACGUCACGCUCAUCCUGUGCUGGUCGUCGCAGGAGGGCGGCAGGUAUCUGGAGUUGUUCAAGCAGUUUGAGCAUGCGACGCCUACUGCUAUUCGCCAGCAUCAGUCCCCUGCUUACUCCGAUCGCAUGGUGGACUUCGUCACGACGCCGAGGAGCAUCAACAAGACGGAUGCGGUGAGUUUGGUGUCGCAGUUUGGGACGCUGCGGACCGCGGUCAAUGCGAGGCAUGAGGACGUGGCGGGUAUCGCGGGGUGGGGUGAGAAGAAGGUGGAGCGGUGGUGCAAGGCUGUCAGGGAGCCAUUCCGAGUCCAACGAGCUGCGAAGAGGAGCGGCAUCUCGAGGGAGGCGACGAGGGAAAGUGUGCCAGACUCAAGGUCUGGCUCGGCGAGUAGGGAAGUAAGUGGUUCUCCCGCCCCUGCUGCACACGCCACUGCCUCGAACGCAACGCUCGCCGCUCCCAGCCCUUUACGGCGGAGCAUAAGUGUGAGCGAGGAGCAGCCUAAGACAGCAGACGCCGACGCAAGGCCGCGGUCUAGGCUUUUCGAAGAAGAGUCAAUAGACGAGGACGAGGCAUUUGCGGAAGCCGAAGCGGCGAUGGCACAGACCUCGCGAGCGCCUGUCGUCCCUAAACCAGCAAAAGACUCACCGAAAAAGAGGAAACCGGACGACGAUCCGCUGAAUGACGGAGUGAUGGCAGCUUUGAGCAAGUUACGAAAAGGCAACGGAUGAGUGUCAGGGCUCUUUGAACAGCUACAU